ACGCAGUUGGCAGGUGAAUUUUUCGUGGGCGCUUCGGUCUGUUCGUUAGCUCAUGACUUGGGCGUGGUCCAAAUCUGACUUCUAUGGGUUGGCUUUCUGCUGCCCAAAGGGCCUUUUGAAGUCUAUUCAUUAGCGGGUGGCUUUGGUGGCUCACUGCACGUUGGCUUAUUGCACAAACUCGUGAAACUCAUACCAGCGCACGUCGUUUACGGGUGAUUAUGGAAGGCGACUGGAGCGGCGCUGGCGGCGGGGGCGGCGGCAUGCGCCAGCAAGCAGCGCCGUUGGCGGAUCCCGACUGGCGCACGAGGCUUCCACGGGAGAAGCGGCAGAUCCUGGUGAAGCGCAUCAUGGAGAGCCUUCAGAAGUUCACAUCGCUGCGUGACACCGGCGAGCUGCACCGCCUGGCUGAGUUGUUCGAGCAGCAUGUCUUCUCAACGGCCUCCAGCCAAGACGAUUACGUGUGGCGCAUUUCCCGGAAGAUGCUGUACCUCAAGGGCCGUCACUUGCCGCCCGCCCAGGCAGGGGGGACGAGCUCGCAGACGUCGUCAGGGUCUGUUAUCACUGCAGAGGUGGCUGCUGGCGAAUCCUGCACAAUUUUUCCGCAGCAGCAGCAGCAAGAAUCGAGUCUACAGUCAACGGCCACGCAGCAGGGAGGGAUUUCAGGCGUUGUGUGGCAAAGGCUGCAAAGCCUCACGGCGAGCCACCUUGAGGACUUGAAGGAAAUUCACAUCUUCCUAGUUCUGAAGAGCCAACAGCUGCAGUUCUUGGUGCCGGAGCAGUGGGAGCGACUGAAACAGUACAAGGACAUCUUAUAUCGGAUCAUUCCAUACCUCAGUGUGCCUCGAGAUAAGGUGCCCUCUCAGUUCACUAUAGAGAAGGUGGAGCAGCUUGAGAGGCAGAUCAAUCAGAUCCUGGAUACAUUCAAGAGGAGGCGAGGUGGCCUUCUCCCCCCCACUACCACCAGCAGUAGCAGCAGCAGCAGCAUUGUAAUUGACUAGCUCAACCUUUUUUGUACAGUAUUUUUUUUUAAAAUGUACCGUAAUCUCCCGGAUAUACCGGACCCCAUGAACUUCCUAGAAAUACCUAGAACAUUUCUAGGGUGGACAUUAACGCGG